CACUGAAAGCUGCAGCCUGCAGUGCCGGGGACACUCCUCUUCGCAACAUAAAUAUGCGCCGCGAGAAGCUGCUUUUAUAUGUUUUUAAUUUUUUUACUAUUACCAACAUUAAUUUUUCUUCAUUGAAUUAAAUAUAUAUUAUAAUAAUUUUUAUGGAGUUCCUUGCAUCCCUUCAUCUUCCAAAACACACGCUACGGGUUUCUCAAAUCGUUGUGCCCUAGAUCCGUGGCUUCGCUGCCCAAGUUCUGAGCUUCAGUGAUACCCUUUUUGUCACUCUUUCAGUUUGGACACUGGGAAAGCUUCAUGAGUUUUGAAGCUGUUGUGCUUCUUGUGUUUUGAUGGGUGGAAUAUGUCAGCUAUUUGGUGAUUUGGGGUCGCAUUUGAGAUCAGAUGAGUACUGUAUUACUUUGUAGUAAUUUUACAAUUUAAGUUAUUGGACAUUUGAUAUGGAUUUUGACUGAGCUUGUGAUUACAGCUCAGAAGAGGAUAGUAUGAUAAUAUCGUGGAGAUACAAUUUGUGUGGAUAUUGAGAUUGGUGGUUAUUGUUGAAGGGUCUGGUCACUUGUGUAUAUGAUGGGUUGCGUUUGUUGCAAGCCCUCAGCCAUUGAUGACAGUAGGGAGAGUCCAAGGGAGCGAUUAUCAAAUAAGGUUUCAUUGGACCCUCUUGUAUGUAGGGCUACCUCAUCGAGGAGGGAGGAAGGAUAUCGAGUGAAGGAUAGAUAUGAUAAUAAUGAUGGUAGAAUUGCGUCCAUGGAUAAACAAGGAAAUGGCUCUGUUCGUUUGCAGGGUGAUAAUGUUGAAAGGAAGAGGGAGAAAACGGAGUAUGUUGUUAUACAGCAUCCAGGAAAUGGUAGUGUUCCAAAAGCCACAGAAGGGGAGCAGGUUGCAGCUGGGUGGCCUUCAUGGUUGGCAGCAGUGGCUGGAGAGGCUAUCAAGGGAUGGUUGCCACGACGAGCAGAUUCUUUUGAGAAGUUGGAUAAAAUUGGUCAGGGGACUUAUAGCAAUGUUUAUAGAGCUCGUGAUCUUGAACAAAAGAAAAUUGUCGCUUUGAAAAAAGUGAGGUUUGAUAAUCUUGAACCUGAGAGUGUUCGCUUCAUGGCAAGGGAAAUUCACAUUCUUCGUAGGCUUGAUCAUCCAAACGUCAUAAAACUGGAAGGUCUAGUUACAUCAAGGAUGUCUUGCAGCCUAUACCUAGUUUUUGAGUACAUGGAACAUGACUUGGCUGGGCUAGCUUCACAUCCUGGACUGAAGUUCACAGAAGCACAGGUCAAAUGUUAUAUGCAGCAGCUUUUAUGUGGACUUGAUCACUGCCACAGCUGUGGUGUACUGCACCGUGACAUUAAGGGAUCCAACCUUCUGAUUGACAACAAUGGUAUCUUGAAGAUUGCAGACUUUGGUUUGGCAAGCUUUUAUAAUCCCAAUCAAAUUCAGCCAUUGACGAGCCGAGUUGUUACGCUUUGGUAUCGGCCUCCAGAGCUAUUGCUUGGAGCAACUUACUAUGGCGCUGCUGUAGAUUUAUGGAGUACAGGCUGCAUACUUGCUGAGCUAUAUGCUGGAAAGCCUAUUAUGCCAGGAAGAACUGAGGUUGAGCAGCUACAUAAAAUUUUUAAACUUUGUGGCUCACCUUCUGAGGAUUAUUGGAGGAAAUCGAAGCUGCCUCAUGCAACAAUAUUUAAACCUCAACAGCCCUACAGGCGGUGUGUUGCAGAUACAUUUAAGGAGUUUCCUGCACCUGCAUUAGCACUCAUGGAAACCCUUUUAUCCAUAGAUCCUGCUGAUCGUGGAACAGCAGCAUCUGCUUUGAAGAGUGAGUUCUUCACAACAAAACCCUUACCUUGUGAUCCUUCAAGUUUGCCCAAGUAUCCUCCGAGCAAGGAAUUUGAUGCCAAAGCACGGGAUGAAGAAGCUAGAAGACAAGGAGCUCUCGGAAGCAAGGGCCACAGACAAGGGACAAGAGAGUCUCGGGCUGUCCCUGCACCCGAUGCUAAUGCUGAACUGGUUCUAUCCAUGCAGAAGAGACAAGGUCAAUCCAACUCUAAGAGCCGUAGCGAGAAGUUUAACCCUCAUCCUGAAGAAGUUGCUUCAGGAUUUCCCAUUGACCCCCCUAGGCCAUCACAGGCUGUGGAAGUAGGUAUGGAUCACCAGGUACAGCAACAUAAAAGAGCUUCCCAUUCUGGUCCACUUUGUAACCGUACUGCAUGGACAAAAGCCGGGAAAAACCAGGAUGAUGCACCAAAGAUCUCCAAUGGAGGCGACUUGUCAGCAAUGUCUGGCUUAGUUGCUGCAAGAAGGAGCAUGUUAUCUGAUGAUCGCAAAGAAAGGUCUGCAUCAUCACAUACAGAGGUUCCCAAACUAAUAAGCCGGUUCCCGGGAUCCUUGAAGGAGGCCUCUGAAUCAUUGAUGCAGCAUGAACAAAAGCAUGCUGGAGCUCCUCCCCAAAAGGAAGAAGCGCGAGGCAACAACAAAGACCCAAUUCCUGUUGGUUAUGGGUCCAAGGGUCAUAAAAUUCAUUAUUCUGGUCCAUUGCUAGUUCCAUCUAGCAACACGGACCAGAUGUUGAAGGACCACGAUCGCCAAGUUCAAGAAGCUGUCAGAAGAGCGCGAUUGGACAAGGCGAAGAUGAGAAGACUUCAGGCUGAAGGGAACCAGAUAACCACCAAUUCAUUAUUUGUUUCUGGUCGCUGAGCUGUUGUAUGUAGGGCCUGGUGGCCAUAAAAUGCAAAGCCAUCACAUAAGAAGAUCACUGCAAAAAUAAUUUGGCUGGUGAUUUUUCUCUUGUGAAUUUCUUUUAUACUCUCCCUUUGUACGUAUAGGGUAUAUCCCUCGCAGAAUGCCCCCGGUGGCGGUGGUAGGUAACUUAAUAGCACAGAGAAAUCUCUUUCCUCUUACGGCUGCAAUUUCUGAUAUAUGGCUGUUCUUGUAAAGCUUAUCAGCCUUGAGCUGUAGAAUUCUGAGAACAAUUUGUUCCUCCUUUGAUUUUUACGUGUCGUUAAUAUUUUCUUCUCAUUUAUUUCAUAUGUGGCUUAAGCUUUUAA